AGUCAAUACUGGGAAUUAGAUUUGAGCACUUGUACAUAGCAGUUACAGUAGCUAUAAGACCAAAUGAAACUAUUAUAAUUGUUCUGUAACCCAUUCCUAGAAAAAUUAAAAAUGAAUGUAAGAGAAAUUCCAGGCAUGUUAUCACCUAAACUUGAUUUAGUUACAUAAACCACAAGAUUUCAGAUGUUAAGAGUUCAUAUUUUGUUGUAACUAGAUGCAAAGUAGAAUCAAGAAGAAUUUCCAAAAUAGUUAUUAUUGUUCUAAAAGCACUAUUGGAUUAACAUAUACAAUUUAAGAAUUCUUUUUAAAACCCCAAAUAAUAGUAAAAAGAUAGAAGUUGAUUUAUUAAAACAUUUUACAUGUUCACUAAAAUUGAAAGUUGCAGGACGAAGAAAUAAAAGUGCAGUUAUUAGAGUGCUAGAAUUCCCAAAGGCAUUAUGAAGACCUGUGCACAAGAUACAUAUUGUGAAUCUGCAGGUGUGUGUUUUCUGCCUGUUCAGAGCAGUUGAUAAGUAACUGAAUUUACAGACUUAUGCUCUGGAUUUCUAGGCUGCCUAAUUAGAAGUUUCUUCUCAUUAUAACCAGAAUCACCUUGGAUCUUCUACAAACAUUAAAAAUUUAACAACUACUUGUUAAGCAGUAGAAGAUCCUGGAACAAAUACCUUCAUACUCUUUCACAGAAAGCAGUUUGUUUCUUACAACUAGAGAGAUGCUGUAGAUGGACUUUCUGAAUGAUCCAGCACAGUUGUACUCAUUGUAGCUGUGCUUUGUAUUAAUGACAGAAAUUUGAAAGUCAGCCUUGUGUGAGAUGCUGCACACCUGUGGGUACCAGAGCAUCAGAGGAGCAGACGCUACUGUCAUCUACCCAGUUACAGGGUUGAUGGCUUGUUCUCCAACUCUUAAUUAAUAUAACAACAUAUAAACAAGAACAGCUUGCUGCCAACACAGCUCCAAGCACUCCUGCUCUGCCAAAGCUGAGCUAAAUGAAAAGUACCUGCAACAGAGCAUACACUGCUUUUGCUUUAUUAAUUGAAGAAAACUAUACAAAUACUUAAUGUGAGGGAAAAAAAUAUAAAUUAGCAAACAGAUUGGAUAACAAGUAUUAAAUCAUACACAACAAACUCUCAAACUUGUCUCCUCUGUAGUCAGGCAAUUAAAGUCAAAGGAAAUAAAACACUUAAUUGCCCAAAUGCAAGUACAGGCUCUACAGCAAGGAAAUGAAAACAAUGAGAAGCAACAUUUUUGUUUGUGAGAGAUGCUUUGCGCAGAAAGGAUUAAAUGCACUUUCCUCAUCAGGAGAUGAGAGGGUACAGCAAAAAUAUUUCUUAGUCAAAAUCUGCUUAGUCUGGCAUGACAUAUCUUCCUAUGAAAUAUCAUACCAAGAAGUCACUUUGGCAAGGCAGGUGCUUUUCCAGGAUGUUUAGCAGGUAACAGUGGCAAAUUUCCUAGUGCUUUGCCUUGAAUAGCAGCAUGUUUGGUUCCCUGAACUAAGCUAAAGGACGAAACAUGAAGUACUAGCUAAGAGGCACACAGCCACUGAAUGUGUGGUUUCUAUCACUAACAUUAAGAGAUUAGUUAAAUUUCAGCUGGCCCUGUCUGCUUUCCAGAUAUAGCAGAAAACCUCAAGCCAAACAAAUACAGCCAACAAAAAAACAAACAACAAACAAACAAAAAAAACCCCAAAACCCCAGUCCCACACAAAAACGAAACAACAGUAUACAGAAACAUCUAUGUUUUCUUCCACAGGGUAGUUGAUACAUUUCAAAGACAUUUUAAAUUAAAAAUUGCAGUUUACUUCUCUUUCUACAUUCUUAGCAAGCAUAUUUGACUAUAUUAUAUUUGUAGCAGAGAAAGGUCUGCUUUCAGUAAGAAAAUAAAAACAGUUAAUUAGGUGCUAAUAACUAUUUCUAGCCAUUAACUCUGUAUAAUGCAACCUGACAUAAUAGACAUCAAAAUACAAAAUUAUUCCAGCUUCAACAUGGUAACACUGUUGCUUACCAUUAAGUAAGUUAUCAUCAAAUUUCAAGAAUUUCAGCUCUUUAGUAAAUUCAGUUUUGAUCAAAAGCUAUGAUGCAUCACACUUUAACAGCCCUGCUUACUUAUGUAGAUUAGCUCCUCUUCUUAAAUUACUUUAACCAGAGGUAAGGCUUUAUGAACAACACAAAUGGACAUCACUUUUUCUGUGAAUUUUGUUUUACUGAUUCACCAAACAGAACUAAUCUGUUCUAAAAACACACAAAGAAACAAAUUAGGCAUGACAAAGAAAUGUUUUAAUUCUAAACAGGUGGGAUUAGAAGGAUUAUAGAAAAGGUCACUCCUUAAUAUGAGUCAUUUUAAAAGAAUGAACUCAUCAGCCAUUGAAGUAGCUUCCAUUCAACCUGUAAAAUAUAUAAAGUGUGCCAUUCCAGAAAUGGAAAACAAUUUACCACUGGAAAAGCUUUCUUAGAAUUUGAGAAGCGCUGAACCUCUAAAAAAUGUGCAUAUCACCAUAUAUCCUAAUUCUCUCUCUUCUCUCUCUUUUUUCACAAGGUUUUCUACUCUCAAAAUCUCUGCAAGAGGUAGAAGAUGAAGAUAUGUUGCUAGCUACAUUAAAUCUAGGAAAAAAUCUACAAAAUGGAGAUAAAACUAUGAACAGGGGAGCUGUACCUUUGCUGAAGCACUACAAGACUGAAGACAGCAAUUUUUUCAAUGAUAAGAAUGCUGGAAACAUGAAGUUUUCGGACAGAGAUUCCAGACGUGACUUCUUCAAUCAUGUUAUGCCAAUCAACUUAGAUAGAAAGCAACUAUCUAAUCCUGCACUGAAGGGUGCCAUGGUUUUUCCAGCUGACACUGAAAUUCAAAAUACUGAGUCAAUACAGGAAAGAGAGACCACAGAUGAAGAAAAUUCAGCUAAAUUCCCUAUAGGAAGAAGGGAUUUUGACAUCCUCAGGUGUAUGCUGGGAAGAGUCUAUCGACCUUGUUGGCAACUGUGAAAACUACUCAUCUCCACCACGUUCUUUGAAGAUUGAACAUUU